CUUCAAUAAUGUACUACCUUAAGGUUUUAUACAAAGAGGAAACUAUACAUUUUCUUCUUCUGCUAAUCUUCUGCUAAAUAAAGACGGCUAUAGAGAGGAAAGAAACAUUUCUCAGUUCAGCCGAGUAAUGGAUCCUCGUCUCUGGCACAAAGUUGCUGCCAUCUCUGGAAUGGCAGCUAUAGGUUUGGGCGCUUAUGGAGCUCAUGGUUUCAAACCCAAAAACCCUGCUUACAAAGACGUUUGGCAAACUGCAUCUGUCUAUCAUCUGGUUCAUACAGCAGCUUUGCUUGGAGCUCCUCUCACUAAACACCCUACUGUAUUUGGAGGUCUUCUAACGACUGGAAUUAUGGCUUUCUCGGGAACGUGUUACGCUGUUGCACUUCUUGAGGACAGAAAAUAUUCUAUGUUAGCUCCAGCUGGUGGCUUUGCUUUUAUCGCUGCAUGGGCAAGCCUGCUGUUCUAGCAACCGGGUUCUGUGACAUGAAUAUACUCUAUUCUAAGAAAGCAAUCGGAACUCUAAACUCUUAAGAUUGUGGCUCGGGCAAAACGUUACCAGACCUUUUGAAACUCUACUUUCACUGAACAGCUGCUCAUGCAAUUUACUUUGCUUUCAAUAUGAUCAUUUACUGCCGUUCGAUAUUAUACGAAUCUCAUUCUGUAAAUUACUUUAAAUGGGCAAAAGAAUGAGCGUUUAUUGCAUCAAUA